AUGACUUAUAAUCCAUUUCGUGAACAAUAUAAUUCAACGUCAAAUACACAACCAACAUUAACAUCAACUCCAAUUCCAUCAUUAUUUAAACCAUUUAAAGUAUCAAAUACUUCAAUAAAUUUAAAAAAUCAUAUAGCAGUAUCAUCAAUGUGUAGUUUUGCAGCAGAUAAUAACCAUGAAAUUGCAAAUUUACAUCAUUCAAGGUAUAAAUCAUUUGCUUCACAAAAACCAAGUAUUAUAAUGUUUGAAGGUACAUUUAUAAAUUCAAAUUCAAUAAUUGAUGAUAAAGAAUUAGGUAUAUGGAAUGAUGAACAAGCUUUUAAAAUUAAAGAAAUUGUUGAUGAAAUUCAUCUGUUUGGAUGUAUUUGUUUUAUACAAUUAUUUCAUGGUGGUAGAAUGGCAAAAGGUUUAAAUAUCGUUGCUCCUUCUUCAAUACCAUAUGAUUCAAAUUCAAUUGUACCAAAAGAAUUAAAUUUAAAAGAAAUUGCAAAAAUAAGAUUUGAAUAUUUGGAAGCUGCUAAAAGAAGUAUAAAUAUUUGUGGAUUUGAUGGCAUUGAAAUUGCUUGUUGUAAUGGAAAUUUAUUACAUCAAUUUCAAAGUAAAAUUACAAAUCAUAGGGAAGAUGAAUAUGGAAAAAAGACAAUUGAAUCAAGAAUUAAAUUAUUAUGUGAAAUAAUUGAUGAUUUAAAUAAUGAAUUUAAUUCAACUAAUGACAAUAGUAUAAAAGUUCCAAUAAGUGUAAAAUUUUCAAUAAAUGAUAAUAUAAAACGAGCAUCAGGAAUUCAUCCAAUUGAAGAAGAUAUAAUGAAAAUGUUAAAAAUUUUAGUAUAUGAUAAAAAGAUAUCAAUUUUAAAUAUAACUUCUGGAAAGAUUUCUCCCAAUUCAAAAUUAAGAUAUACAUUAAAUCGAAAUUCAAAUAUACCAGCUCAUAUAAUUUUUAGUUCUUUUUUAAAAAAAGAAUUCUCAAAUACAAAUUGUUUAAUUGGUUGUAGUGGUGCAUUAAAUAUGAAUAUUCCAAAAUUAAAUGAUUAUAUUGAAAAAAAUAAAUUAGAUAUUGCUUUUAUUGGUGAAGGAUUUUUAGAAGAUCCAAAUUUAAUUGAAUCAAUGGCUAUAAAAUUAAAUUAUUUAUUACCACCUUAA